UUGUAUUUUAGUGAUAUAUGUAUGUGACAUAUAAUAUGGUGCAUCAUGUUAACCGACUAUGAAUUAGUAAUCAAUUUAUCACCUUUUGCAGAAAUAAGCGAUUAUUUGUUUUUGCGACAAUUGAUCCAUGUUUUGGCGCGUCCACUUUUGUUUGUAAAUUCUAAUGACGGGUACUAAUAAAUAACUCAUGCGCGCAGAUGUCUACGAGGGGCAUUAGAUUUAAUUUUUCAGUAGGGGAGUUAGUUCUUUGUUUUGAACCAGAUCCGACGAAAGCAAGAGUUUUGUAUGAUGCAAAGGUGUUAGAUUGUCAGGUGACCAAGGACAAACAUGGCCACAGAAUUGCUGCCUACCACAUUCAUUUUCAAGGAUGGAAUAGCAGCUGGGAUCGCAUUGUUGGGGAAAACUACAUUCUAAAAAACACAGAAGAAAAUAGAACCUUGAUGAAGAAACUUGCAGACACAGCUAAGAGAUACACUUUUUCUGGCAGUCGUAAAAACAGUCAGCGCCGCAGGAAGAUAGAUGACAUCUUAAGUUCCUCAUUCCGAGGAAAGAUCCCCAUCCUGGACAGCGAUACUGACGACAGCGACAACAGUGGAGAUGAUGAUGACAAUGAUGGGGAAGAUGGUGACGAUGAUGGGAGAUCGUCUGGUGAUGAUAGUUCCAAUGAUACGGCCAGUGAAACACGAGAGCGUCGCAGGGCUACUCACACACCAGUGGACAUAGAUAUCCCGGACAUAUUGAAGAGUCAACUGGAGGAUGACUAUGUGGCCAUUAUCCAUGGGGACAAGCUGACGAAGCUGCCGGCGAGUCCGUGUGUCAUCGAAGUGUUGGAGGGCUUCAUGAAGACGUUCUGUGUCAACCUGCUGUGUGAACCCAGUGAGAAGGAGAAAGAGAGUCGUCGCAACAACAACAACAACGGCCAUGAACACACCAUGCUGUGUCCACCAGCCAUCAGCAUUGCACUGUGUAAGGAGCUUGUGGAUGGGCUGAGGAUCUGCUUUGACUUCACCAUCCCUAUCAUCUUGCUGUAUGACGUGGAACGUGAGCAGUACGACCAUGUCAUGAGCACCAUCAAACCUCCGGAGAGUAAGAAGGAAGAAAAGCCAACCAGUUCAACUUCAUCUGCCGUCACGGAAGAACCUGCAGCCAAAAACCAAAAAGGAGCACCGAAACAAAGUAAACAUUCAGAAGAGUUUGAUAAUGUGGAACUGUCACCACGAAGAAUCACACGAAGAUCUGUCACUCACGAUGAUGCUCCAUCCUCACCCACUAUCUCGUCCACCGUCAAGCAUGAGAGGAAGAGGGGCUGGAGGGGACGGGGAAGAGGAGGCGGUCACUCUUCUUCUCAUGUUGUGAAGUCUGAACCUUUAAGUGACAGUGACAUGGGUGGUUCUGACUCCGCCCCUCCCCCAGCGGGGAAUCCCCCUGUCCCAGGAAGCUGCAGUGGCAGCAAGGAUGGAGCAUCGGAACACGGUUACAGGAAGGAGGACUUUCUAGAAAGUGUGUUGUCAUGGCAACUAUUUCCGGUGGAUUCCCGGUCCAAAUAUGAUAUCACACCUUCACAGAUAUAUGGUGUUAACCAUUUUCUCAGACUUUUUGUGAAGUUGCCAGAGAUUCUGAACAAGAUGGACAUGGAGGACUGCAAGAUGAGAACUUUGAUGAAGCUCAUCCACCAUCUUCUCAGGUACCUGGUGGAGAGACAGGAGGACUUGUUCGGGGACAUUGUGUACAUAGAUAGAUAGGUACAGCUAUAGCCUCAUCAGUUUACUGUUCUACCUCUCACAGCUGUAGCAUUGUGUUGCAGGUACCUGGUGGAGAGACAGGAGGACUUGUUCGGGGACAUUGUGUACAUAGAUAGAUAGGUAAAGCUAUAGCCUCAUCAGGACGUGGAAAUGGCAGAUACAACCUAGUGAUGUGGCAGGUGAUACAGACAAUCUACCCAGUGACCCAGACUCACUGUUCACAGGCAGAGAUUGGAUUUCCUGUCACAGCAACUUUAAAAUACGGGGAAAAAAUUUGAAAUAAAUGUAUGAAAAAUCAUUCCAGUUUGGUGAAAAGACCUUGAGGUCUUGAUCAGUUUCAGUGUGAAAACAUUGUGUUGGAAUAAUGUUGAAGGUCUAAGUGUGGACACAUUCAUCCUUGUUUUUGAAAACUGUGUUUGGAACUGCUUUGCUGUAUACUGUUUAAAGGAUGAAAAAAACAUUUUGAGAAAGGAACAAGAGUUGUUUAUUCCCAGGACCAGUGGUGUCAAGUUGGACAGUACUAUUUCUGAUGUUCAGUUUGACUACUAAUUCUGAUUUUUGGAUUCAAACCGAAUCUGCAGUAUGUGAGAAGUUGCUCAUUUCAAGAGCUGGAUGGAAGAAGAGUUUUGUGAAAAUUGUCUAUGGGUAUUGACUUGAUUGACAUGUAAGAAAAUGAUAAUGAAAAUCCAUUUCUUUGUCCCCUGGACGUGUAACUCUCCUCCCGUUAUUGUUCAGUAAUGUGAACCGUACAUCAUUGUUUAGACUGUCGCUGAAACCAAAUAUUUUUACUAAACAUUUUAUCAUGUUUCCUUGGUUCUGACAUAAAAUAAGGCAACUGA